UCUCCAGCCACCGUGCUGAGUUCACUGACAGCUGUUGAACGGAAGCCCUGUCAGCCUCGGGAGAUAAAUCCAAUAUCGGACUUCCCUUUCUACGCGGAAUUUGAUCAUUAUUAUUCUUGAUUGAUGAUUAUUGAUACUAUUACUCCCAUAUGUGUCAGAGUAGAAAGUCAAAUUGAGAUUAACUUUAUUUACUGAACUUAGACGUUGUCGGUGACCGGGUAAAUUUUGCGCUUUUAACGUUGACUUAAGAUACGUUCCUCAGCCUGAAGGCACAUCGUGAAAUCUUCCGGAACACCGGCGCUGUCGCCAGUCUGAAGCUGCUUAUUUUUAACCACAUACGUUUUGAGAGGCCAUAAGGACUUUGUUUUAGCUAACGUUAAUUUGAGGAAGUGUGUCGUUCCAAUCGCCGAAAGAGGACGCCACUGUCCGAUAAUGGACCCCUUGUCAUGGUUUAUCGUAAGGGAGCCUUGUGGUCAGAGCAGAAGUGAAGGACCUGCCCGUCAAUGGCCAACCCCACCCCUCAGCUUGAUGUACUGUGACAGAGAACUGUGUGGACCACAAAUACUGUAGCCAGUUGCCAUGGAGGACACUAACCCAGCACCCAAACCUGCUACCCCGGAGCGGAGCCCCGCGCACAGUCCAGCACCCAGUCCAGCACCCAGUCCAGUACCCAGCCCACUGCUUGACUUUAUUGCUUUGCCUGCAGCAAACCAUGUGGAGCACCUAAAUGUGAACCAGAUCCAGGUGGUGGUACGGCGCUGUUCCAGUCCAAAUGUCACAGAGGAGACCACCUAUUUUAUUCCUCGAAACCCUGUGGUGGAUGCUGGCACCAACACAGACCCGCCAGUGGUCUGCUGCCCCUUGCUCCACAGAUUUUGCCCAUGUCCACCAAGAGGUCUUCUGGCUUCUCUCAUCACUAAAGUCCUUUUGGCAGCUGUGCUCUUUGGAGUGGUGUGGUCUAUCACAGAGGAUGAAUGUCUUCCGGGGGGCAACCUGUUUGGCAUCACGAUCCUCUUCAUCUGUUCGCUCAUCGGUGGCAAACUUGUGGCUCUCAUCCGUCUGCCCAAACUUCCACCGUUCCCACCACUUCUUGGUAUGCUGCUGAUGGGUUUCCUGCUGAGAAACAUCCCAGUUGUAACGGACGGCGUGUACAUUGACUUCAAAUGGUCUGCAUCAUUGAGGAACGUUGCUCUGGCCGUCAUUCUGACCAGAGCGGGUCUGGGUUUGGAUCCCACGGCUCUGAGGAAACUAAAAUCUGUGUGUAUACGUGUGGCAGCUGGGCCCUGCAUCAUAGAGGCAUGCACCACAGCUCUGAUCUCUCAUUUCCUCUUGGGCUUGCCCUGGGUGUGGAGCUUCAUCCUUGGCUUUGUGCUCGGCGCUGUGUCUCCAGCAGUGGUGGUUCCCUCCAUGCUGCUGCUGCAGAAGGAUGGUUACGGCGUGGAACAGGGCAUCCCCACUCUGUUGAUGGCUGCAGGCAGCUUCGACGACAUCCUCGCCAUCACAGGGUUCACCACAUGCUUGGGCAUGGCCUUCGCCACAGGCUCCACUUGGUACAACCUCCUGAGAGGUGUGCUGGAGGUCGUAGGUGGGACUGUUGCUGGGAUCCUCCUUGGCUUCCUCAUCCAGUACUUUCCGAGUGUUGACCAGAAACAUAUAGUAAUGAAGCGCUCCUUCUUGGUCCUGGGUCUGUCCGUGUUUGCCGUGUUCGGCAGUGCCGUGGCUGGCUUUCCUGGCUCGGGAGGCCUCUGCACCCUGGUGCUGGCAUUCCUAGCUGGCCUUGGCUGGGGGUCGGAAAAGGCCCGUGUGGAGGAAGUGGUGGGAUGGGCGUGGGACGUGUUUCAGCCUUUGCUGUUCGGACUGAUAGGAGCAGAGAUUCGAGUCUCUGAGUUGGAGGGACACACAGUUGGUCUGGGUAUAGCCACUCUGCUCAUUGGCCUGCUGGUUCGACUCCUGUUCACCUUUGUCUGUGUGUUUUGUGCGGGCUUUAACAUGAGGGAAAAAGUGUUUAUAGCCCUGGCGUGGAUGCCCAAAGCCACAGUGCAGGCGGCCAUCGGUUCCACGGCUUUAGACAUGGCCAGGACGAAGGAUGACAAGCAGCUGCAGAAGUACGGCAUGGAAGUGCUGACUGUGGCUGUGCUGGCCAUCCUUCUCACUGCCCCUGUAGGAGCUCUUAUCAUAGGCCUCACUGGACCUCGCCUGCUACAAAAACCAAAGAACUCCUGUGGUGAGCGAGUCAAACCCAAUUUAUCAGCUUUCUUCUUAGGCACUGCAGCAGGAGGUGACGAAGACAAUGACACUCCUGUCACCUAUGAGAGUACACUCUGACAUCACCCGUCUUCAUCCAGUAAGCAAGAACAUUUCUAGGAGACUUCCUUGAGCUUUCCGUUAGCCACCAAGUGGCUCUGUUUGUCUCUCUCUGUCUGCUGGUCAGCUCCUGAUAUUUGCCAUGCUGCAGGAGCACAUGAAUCACUCUGUAUUUUUAGCUUCUUGUGGUUUCCCAGCAUCAGGCUCCAAACAAAUGACCCACAUCCCAGGGUCUGCUGUCAUCAUGUAUGAAUUGUAUACAUGAGGUGGUUUUGUUUCUCAUCCCAAAUGAACGUCUAAUCAGAUAUAUUGGUGUGAGGCAUGAAUAUGGUUUACAUUUUUUGUAAAGGCGGAUAUUGUUCCUCCCUCUUAUAUUCACUGAAUCUGCUAUUUGCUCAUUUUUUAUGAUUACACUUAAGUAAACCAUCUAGUGUAUUUGGACUUGGAAAAAAAUGGUAAUGCUGUAUUUUAUUGUAAGCAGUUUACUUGGAGGGCUUCAUAAUUGAAUGUACCGAGAGUAGCUAUAUUUUUUUGUUUUAGACUACACAGUUGACAGGUUUGUCUUUAGGUGUUCCGAGUACAGUAUUUUUACCGAUUUGUGUUUGUGUAUUUUUGCGCAUAAUGUAAUAAAAUAUGUAUAUGCUGUGUGAUUUGAUGAAAAGGGGUUGUGUAGUUUACAAAGACUCAGGAAAUCAUCUGUAUAAUCUACAACACUUUCCUGUGGAUUAUACACAGUGCUGCAAAAACUCCUAUCAUCUACUACAUUCACUAUGUCAGCUUUCAAUAUCAUGAAUGCUCGAACGAUCAUGCCCAUAUUCAAAAUGUUCAUGUAAAGCCCAUCUUUUAUUGUUUGAUUAUGAAGGAAAGUAAAUUUUUCACAUUUGUUACAUUUUUUUUAUUACAGAAAUAUGCAGUGUAACUUAAGAUGUUUUUGAUUAGUUUGAAUGUAUUUACACUCAAGAGGUUCUUGUGUAUUAUUAGCAACUAUUUAUGAUACAUAAUUCAGCAUUAGUUUUUUACUUUAAUAUUGUUGAAACAAUAAAUAAUAAAACAUA